CACCACUACCAGGCCGGCGACAAAUCGGGCUGCUCGCGAUGCUGCCACUACAGCGCGAGUUGUUGCGGCUGCAGCCGAGUACAGACCGGUCAAUCAUAAUGCAGUGGCAGGGCAGUCUAGUUCUGAGAACUGCCAGUCUAUCUUUGCUGACAUAAUGAACGGCGUGGAGGACGCCGACGCCUGGCAACCAGGCAACACAGACCAAGUUGUGGAGCUGGCCCCAGCCCCUGUGCCGCCGGUUCCGACCCCUGUGCCGCUGGUCCAACCCCCCUUGCCACCAGUCCAGGCUCGUGUGCCGGUUACUUCUGUCGCACGACCUAGGACUUGGGGCGGACAGGCAACCAGGCAGAAGCGGUACAGGGAGCACCUUGCAUCGCUGGAGAAGAGAGCAGAAGAGGACCGCAGCAUAAAAAAACUAGAGAUCGCUCUUGAGGAAAGGCAUCUCGCCAUGGAGGAGCGCCAAAUGGAGAGGCGCCUGGCCAUUGAAGAGCGCCAGGUGACCUUAAGCGAAAAUCGCUUAGCGUUUGAAAGAGAAAAUUUUUAUGUGCUACAGGAGGCUGGAGCAGAGGAGAGGAGGCUUCGUCUCCAACUGCAAGAACAUUACCUUAAAGUAGUGAAUGGUCAAAUUAACAAGUAAAGUUAAGUGUGAGCAAGUGGUAUGACAUCAUAAUACAUAAUGCAAUAAAUCUUUCAUUUC